UGAGGAGCUCCGGUUUGCACAUCCGUGCCGCUAGUUUCUGUUUCUUUACUGUCUGCAUAGCUGGGCCUGGGUAACGUUACUGCGGUCCGACGUCUGUUUCUCAUAGAGGUGAAUCCCAGUUGUAGGCACUGGAGACACUUGGAUAUCGAACAAUGCUCAAGUUAAUAUUUGCCGCUUUCCUCGCCGUUGCUGCUCAGGCAAGUGAUGUGCUGGAGUUCACUGAUGACGACUUUGACAGCAGAAUUGGAGACCAUGAUAUGAUCCUCGUGGAAUUCUUUGCACCAUGGUGUGGACACUGUAAACGUCUUGCUCCUGAGUAUGAAGCUGCUGCUACCCGUUUGAAAGGAAUUGUCGCACUGGCAAAGGUUGACUGCACAGCCAACUCCAAUGUGUGUAGUAAGUAUGGCGUGAGUGGCUACCCAACCCUCAAGAUCUUCAGAGAUGGAGAGGAAGCAGGGGGCUAUGAUGGACCUCGCACUGCAGAUGGGAUUGUCAGUCACUUAAAGAAGCAGGCAGGCCCAGCGUCCGUGGAGGUCAAGACCCAGGCCGAAUUUGACAAGUUUACAGCAGAUCGUGAUUCAAGUGUUGUGGGUUUCUUUGCUGAUGGUGGCAGUUCAGCCCAGGCAGAGUUCCUCAAGUCUGCUAGUGCCCUCAGAGAGUCCUACCGCUUUGCCCACACCAACAACGAAGACCUGCUGAAGAAAUACGACGUUGAAGCAGAGGGUGUCAUUCUUUUCCGGCCACCACAUCUGACCAAUAAGUUUGAGGACAGCAGUGUUAAGUUCAGUGAGGAGAAAUUCACCAAUGCCAAGAUCAAGCGAUUCAUUCAGGACAGCAUUUUUGGAAUGUGCCCCCACAUGACUGAUGACAACAAGGACUUGCUCCGGGGGAAGGACCUGCUGGUGGCGUACUACGACGUCGACUACGAGAAGAACCCCAAGGGCUCCAACUACUGGAGGAACAGAGUGAUGAAGGUCGCCAAAGGAUUCCUGGAUCAGGGCAAGAAGUUGAACUUUGCUGUGGCCAACAAAAACAGUUUCAGCCACGACCUCUCAGAGAUGGGUCUGGAUGCCAGCGCUGGAGAAAUCCCUGUUGUGGGCAUCCGCACAGCCAAAGGCGACAAAUAUGUGAUGCAGGAGGAGUUCUCCCGUGAUGGCAAAGCUUUGGAGCGGUUCCUGCAGGACUACUUUGAUGGCAAUCUUAAGCGCUACCUGAAGUCUGAACCUAUUCCCGAAAACAAUGAUGGACCAGUCAAGGUGCUCGUGGCUGAGAACUUUGACUCCAUUGUGAAUGACGACAGCAAGGAUGUCCUGAUUGAGUUCUAUGCACCAUGGUGUGGCCACUGCAAGAGCCUCGAGCCCAAGUACAAUGAACUGGGAGAGAAGCUUGCCAAUGAUCCCAACAUCGUCAUUGCAAAGAUGGAUGCAACAGCAAAUGAUGUGCCUUCGCAAUAUGAAGUUCGGGGAUUCCCCACACUCUUUUUCUCCCCAGCUGGGCAGAAAGACAGUCCAAAGAAAUAUGAGGGAGGUCGUGAGGUCAGUGAUUUCAUCUCCUACCUGAAGAGGGAGGCCACAAAUCCUCUGGUGGUGCAGGAAGACGACAAGAAGCCCAAAAAGAAGAAGAAGGUUGAGCUCUAAACAUCUCGUCAGCCCACCUGCACUCAAGGGAGGACUAAAUUAUAUUCCAUUCUUCUAGAGAACUACAGAAUGCUCUGACCCAAGUCAUGAUGGCAGCCCCCCCUCUGCCCUGCUGGGAAUGCUGUGGACUGGGAUGAUGGCCAGGCUGUGUGUGAUUUAAAAAAAAAAAAUGUCUUCAAAAGGUGGACUGCCUUUGAAAUCGAGAUUAUUUUUCCCUUGCUCUGAACCAUGGAGAAAUGCACUUUGGUGAUGAGACCAGUUUCCAGUCGCGCAUUGUUUUGUUUUCUGAAAAAAAGGGGGGUGUUCCUGUUCCUUGUUCCUGUUUUUAUUUUUUGUUUUGUUUUAUUUUGUAUCUUGUCUCAUUUUGUACAUUUGGAAGGAUUGUGAAAUAAAAGGCCCACUAAACCA